AUGAUUGCAACUGAACUACACUUAGUUAAAUUUGCCUUUGUCAUUUUCCUUCUAAUAAAACCUAGCAUUAUUGUUGACGCCGGAGCUGGUCGAUGUUAUCUAUGUUCAGAACAUACACUUGCUCAAUGUGCUGGUAGUGCCGAACCCAAUUCACCUGUCUAUUCAGAUCUACUUCAAUAUUAUACUGAACCAUGUAAUGGUCAAUGUGUUCUAUUUCGUUCUCUAAAUAAUUCAAUUAUACGUGGAUGUUCAUGGACAUACGGUCAUAUGAACGCUAAAUCAACUGGAUGGCAUGAAUUAUCAUCCGGUAUAGAAGCUUAUUUUUGUUCUAGUUCAUUAUGUAAUAAUGGUUCCUAUGAGCGACCCGAUUUAUCUACGACAACAAGAGAGAUAAUCAUUGCUACCGAGUAUCAAACUCCGAAACCAACACCUACUCCUGCAAUGUUAACGACAGAUCAACCAAUCAUACCUAUCGAUCCAGUAUCUCGACAAUUACGUCAAUGUUAUUCAUGCACAGCUCGUGUAAACGGUUGUGGUGAAUUUCUAGAUCCACGAUUUGCAGCUAAAUUUAUUCAACCAUGUUCAACAAGUUGUUUAGUCUUUCGAAAUCCAAAUGAUCAUAAUUUUAUCACACGAGAUUGUGCAACAAAAUGGCCACAAGUACGCGCUAAGAGUGGUCUUCAUAAAUUACUUGGUACAGAUGCAUUUUUCUGUCAAGAAUCUUUAUGUAAUGGCAUUAGUUUUGAAUUUAUUAUGGGUAUUUUUCAUAAUCAAUUACCAGCUGUGAUUAAAUUCCCUUCAAUGCAUCCAAUCGAAAGUGUACCAGCAGUAACAAUCGUCACAAGUGCAACCACUAAUACUGUUACGCUACCACUUAGUACAACAACUGAAAUGGAUGAGAGUAAUAUCGUAUGGGAAGAUACUGAUGAAGAUGAUGUGGAAGAAGAUUUUUCAAUGUUUUCAACUACAACAAGUCCAGUUACUGUUAUUAAUACUUCUCCUUUUCUUACAAACUCGAUAGAAACUACAAAUCUUCUCUUUGAUUCAUCAACGAUUCCAGUUUCAACUAUGGAACAUUUUGAUUUUAAUCAACAAUUCGUUGGUAGUAGUACAAUAGUGGGCGGUUUAGCUGUUGCUCAACAAGAUUCUCAACUGAAUUGGUGGGAUGUAAGUGAUGCUGCAUUAUCACCAUUGAUGGAAGCAAAUAAUUUUCCUCCAACAAAAACAACAACAACAACAACAACAACAACAAUGCCAAUUCUAAAACCUAGUCCAUUCACCAAAAUCGAUCAAGAUGAUUGGUCAAUCUUUGAUACAUCUACAAUAGCAUCAAUGAACUAUUCCGAACAAUUAAUAGAUUCAAAUGCAGAUUUAGACUUCGAUAUGAAUGAUCAUUUUUUUUCAACAUUAUCAACAACACCACCUAUUGAUUCCAUCAAUAAUAAUAAUAAUGGCAGUACAUCAUCAUCAUUUAUUCCAUAUUAUUUUGAUGAUUAUAAACCAAAAGAUCCAAUAUUCGAUCCAAUGCCAACAUUAGCUAUGCCACCAUUUACUUGGAUGUUACAAUUGGCAAGUCAAAAUGGAAUAAACAACCGAAAAAUUAUAUCAAAUAAAACUAUAUCAACGAAUACAACAACCAUUAAAAAGAAGGAGAAGAAAAAGAAAAUGAUUAAUGAGCAUUGUAAUCAAAAAAAAUGCCAAAAUGGAGGCCGUCUAAAUUCAAAUUGUAUUUGCAUUUGUUUACCAGCCUAUAGUGGAGACGUCUGUGAAAUAGUGAAUUGCAAUAAAGAACCAGCAUAUAUUUGUGAUUUUGUACUUGAAAACGAAUGUAAAAAUGAUUAUGUUCGUUAUUUAUGUCCUAAAUUUUGUCAGAUGAAUACUUGUUCUUCGAAUAAAUCAUCGUAA